AGCCUGAGACGCGCUGCGCACAGGCUGCUAUAUAAACCGUGCGGCUGUCAGGUGGGGGACACUGGCAGCUCUGCACUACUCUGCUCUGCUCUGCGCUGGGAGAUUACAGCUCUGCAGAUUACAUUACAAUGUCUCACGCCUGGGGAUACGCAGCGAGUAACGGACCCGACAAAUGGGCCGACAGCUUCCCAAUCGCGAACGGACCCCGUCAGUCUCCCAUCGACAUCGUUCCUGGCGAAGCAUCCUACGACUCGAAGCUGAAGCCGCUCGUCCUGAAGUACGACCCGUCCACCUGCCAGGAGAUCCUCAACAACGGCCAUUCCUUCCAAGUGACCUUCGUAGACGACUCCGACAGCUCCACUCUGAAAGAUGGACCAAUCUCAGGGACCUACAGGCUGAAGCAGUUUCAUUUUCACUGGGGGGCUUCAGAUGACAAGGGAUCUGAACACACUGUGGCCGGGACCAAAUACCCAGCUGAACUCCACCUGGUGCACUGGAACACCAAAUAUCCAAGCUUUGGGGAAGCUGCAAGUCAGCCUGAUGGGCUUGCUGUUGUUGGAGUCUUCUUAAAGAUUGGUGCUGAAAAUGCAAAUCUCCAGAAACUUAUUGAUGCAUUUGACUCAAUCAAGACCAAAGGAAAGCAAAGUUCCUUUGCUAACUUCAACCCUGCAACAUUGCUACCUGGCUGCCUAGACUACUGGACUUAUGAUGGCUCUCUAACCACGCCCCCUCUCCUGGAAAGCGUUACCUGGAUAGUCUGCAAAGAGCCAAUCAGCGUCAGCUCUGCACAGAUGGGCAAAUUCCGCAGCCUUCUCUUCUCUGCUGAGGGUGAAUCUGAAUGCUGCAUGGUGGACAACUACCGCCCUCCCCAGCCCCUCAAGGGUCGCCCUGUCCGUGCUUCCUUCAAGUAGUUGCCAUCCCCCUCUUUUACCCUUUUACCCUACUUGCCCUUUAUCCAUCCUAUCCCUGCUUUCAUAAGUACCUAUUUUGCAGUAAACCCUAGAAAGAACACAUAUCUUUUUCCGUCCAGUUUUAAAGCUUGAAUUCCAGUAACACCAUUGCAUCCAGGAGGAAACACUGAAUCCACAAAUUUCUUGUAUGUAAGGGAUGUAAGGAAAUGGGAUUUACAUUUAUUUUAUGUAAUAUACCAGCAAGCAAGGCCUGUUAUAUUUCAUUUCUUACAAACAAACUCUUCAUAGUGGCUGAAAUAAUUUCACCAGAAUGGUGCUCUGGAACUAUCAGGAGGCACAAGCUGUAUAGCUCCAGUAUGGGAGAUGAUAAUGCCAUAUCACCAUCUGUGAGGGGGGUGGGGGGUAAGGUGCCAAAGUGAACAAACCAACAUGUAGGACAAUCCGGCUGUCAAUCUUGCUGUAAUCUCUGACUGCCUUGCCGUCCUCCACAGCACAGCAGCUUACUGAAAUGAUGUAACCUCCUCCUUUGCAAGUGAUUGACGUAGAAAAUCCCCCUCUGGCUCACAGACACACACACCAUCACACGUGCAGUCCCAUGCAAACAUGCUGCCUGAAGGCAAUGACCUCCUUAUUGACACAAAUCGUACGGCAGUAUACGGCAUAAGGGCUGAAAGUUGCACGACAAUAGCUAAAAACUUUUUACAUCCUGUCUUUUUUAUUUUUAUGAUGGAUUGUCUCUUAGAUCCUCCCAGUUCAUGCAUAUUAGGCCUUAAGCAAUUCCUAAAUAAUGCAUUAUGACAAAAAAAAGCUUUUUUCUCAAACCCAUAUAUAGUUAUAGCAGUAAAGAUAAAUCAAAUAUAUUGUAGAGUCCUGAGGUGGUAUAAGCGCACAGUAGACCUAUGUUACAUUGCCAAUGAAGAAACCUUCCUGAGAGGCCAAGCAACUUGCCAAAAGAGAAGAUUAUCCUGUCAGCCUGGUGUCCUCUUGAGAGGAAUGAUCAACAAGAGGCCAUUUAAGAACUCUGAGUGUAGCGUUUCUAAAGAGGGAUGUUUCAUCAGAAAGAUUUGAAUAAACUAUAUAAUGAUAAUAAAAUAUCUAACUGGAAAUCAGUAAUGAGGCUGUCCCAGGUGUGUGAUGUGACUUUUUUGGGUAUGGUCCUUUCCUAGUUGAAUAAAUAUAUUUUAUGAUUAA